GAUCGACGUCACGCGCUAAGGAGAACGAGGAAGGAAAAUGGUGUUGAAGGGACUCGCGGGGUUUCUGGCCUGGGUGUCCAGGGCUAUGGCCCUGCUCCUCGUUCUGAGCGCGGGAAGGUCCCUGGCGGUGCCCGAGAUGAUGAAACUGAGACAGACAGAGGUCAAGUGACAUGUCCACAGUCACACAGUUGGUAUGCAAAUAUUGUCCAGGGCCAGUACAUGAUACUUCAGAGGUUGACUAUUACUGUAAGCAGAGACAAGAGUUAAAGCUAUAUGCUCGAUGCUGUCUGACUGAACAGGGCACCAUUGUGGGGCUAGAUCUUCAGAACUGUUCCCUGAAAGUACUGGAUCAGACCUUUGUUGAGGCUCAUUCUGCCAUUGUUUUAGACCUACAAGCAAACCCCCUCCUGAAUACAUCUACCUCAGUCUUCCGUAACUUCACUGAGCUCCAGAUACUGGUGCUGCCACCAAAUAUAGACUGUCCUGGAGGGGAUUAUGCCUGGGAUAAUGUCACCCAUGGCCCUGGCAACUGUACUUGCCUUGGGCAAAGAAGUCAGUGCAAUAGCACUGUGGAGCCAGAUUUGUGCCCUGAGAAUGCAUACUGUGUCCCAGAUGGCCCCGGCCUCUUCCAGUGCCUUUGUACUAGUGGCUUUCACGGCUAUAAGUGUCUACGUGAGGGUUCCUUCCCACUCCUUAUGUUCUCUGGAAUCCUAGGCACUACCACGUUUUGUAUCUCCAUCUUGCUCUGGGGGACCCAGCUUCGAAAAAUCAAAGCCUCCUGAUUCAAACCUUCCUACCGGCCUAAAAAUCAAAUAAGCCCUUUCGUGGACACAGACUGGGAGUUUCCUUCCACAGCUGAUCGAUCGCGAAUGCAGAAGAGCAGGGGGGUGGGGAAGAUAGCUGGAAAUUACAAGUAGUCUGAUUGGUUCUAGACCCGGCUUGAAGUUAGAAGUGCUUGUGUGGGAUGUUUACCUCUAAUAAAAUUACCCUUUUUAAGGAAA